AUGGUGGACAAUCGCUACGCCACGGCGCUGGUGAUCGCCUGCGUGCUGAGCCUCCUGGCCACCGCCUACCUGUGCGUGGGCGUGGGCACGCAGCAUUGGUACCAGUACAGCAGCCCGCCGGUGCGCGGCGAAGCCAAUGCAUCCGAGCUACGCGGCCUCUACGACGAGUUCAUGGACGGUGAAUUCGACGAGAAGACCUACAGCGACACGCUGUUCAGACUCAACGGCAGCGUGGGCCUGUGGUGGCGUUGUGUGCUCGUGCCCGACGCACCGCAAUGGGCCAAGGAGACAGGUACGCGCGUCCCCGACAAUAGUCACGUCCUUUGGGACGUAUGGGCGACCUCUUGUGGACCCAAGGAGAACGAACCGAGUGGGAAGGCGGCACUGAAGUGCAGAAGCUUCACCGUCCAGCAACAGCUGACGCCAAAGUACAAGGAGCCCGGAAACCACAACAGCGGAGAAGACAUGCUCCGCACUUACUUAUGGCGUUUCCAGUUUGUGCUGCCGCUAGUCUCUCUGGGUCUAGAGGUGUUGGCGGGCCUGAUAGGGUUCUGCGCUUGCCUGUGCCGGAGCCUAGCACCUACGCUAACCAUCGGCGUGCUUCACCUGUUGACAGGUCUGUGCUCGUUAGCCACAGUGUGCUGCUACCUGGCGGGGACGGACCUCCUUCACAGGGUGUCGGUGCUUCCCGACAAGGUGGACGGCUCACUGGGCUGGUCGCUCUACUUGGCGCUCAUGUCGUCGCCCCUCCACAUGAUGGCGGCUGCCCUGCUGCUGUGGGCGGCGCGUAGCCACGGACGUAGCUACUACCGCAUGGCCGCCUACCGCGUUGCUUGA